AUGUCUCCCUGCAGUGUCCAGCAGCUGCUGCUCCCGCUCAUGGCCAGUGGCGGAAGGGAGGAGCAGCAUCAGCAUCAGCAGCGGCAGCCGUGCGCUGGCAGGAUCCGGGCUUUGCCGUCCGCGGAAGUCAUCAACGAGAUCCUGAGCCCCAAGCUGGUGCCCGGCUCCCCUGCCGACACCGGUGACGUCUCCUCGCUCGUCCCGGUCAGUGCUCUGAUGCUGCUCUUCUACUUCGUGUCCAACUGGGUGGUGCCUGUGAGACACAGCUAUGAAUUGUAUGCUUGGCAAGGAAGAAGAACAAGUAUUGCACGCUAA